AUGGAACAUAUAAAACCAUGUGAAGAUUCGAUUUAUUGUCUUGAACAAUAUUCUCCCGAAAAAUCCGUAAAUCAUAAUCAAACUUAUUCACAUCCAUGUCGUUUCUCUGAAUUAUGUCGAAAUAUUCAUGAUACAUCUCACAGUAUACAAUUUACGCAUGAUAAACACGAUGUAUCUCAAUGUGAAUAUGAUAUGAAUUGUUCUAAUUUAACUGAUCCUACUCAUCGCUUUUCCUAUCGACAUACUGGUUUACCGGAUUAUUUAAUUCCUUGUCGAAAUCAACAGGAAUGUCGUAAUUUGACUUCUGAACAUCGAAAGAAAUAUUUUCAUGGUGAAAAAAUCAAUACAUUGACAGUAAAUAAAAAUAGUCCAAAAAGAACAUCACAGACAAAAAGAAAAUUUGAAUCAAAAAAUCCUCAAAAUCAAUCCCAACAGGAUCAUAUUGCUCAACAUACAAGAUUUCAAGAACAGUCACGUGCAAAGAAAUCCCCAUGUACAUUGAAUGAACAAUCUUCUCAUGUAGGAUCAUUUGAAAAUGAAGAAUCUAAUCGUAAAGAACUACUCGCCACCUUCUAUACAGAGGUAGCAGGUAGAAGUACUAUUAUCGAAGCAAAUGCCUUCGAUCGAUAUCAUAAUCCAACAGGAAGAAUUUAUGAUUUAGGUCGAGAUAGUGCAUUUAGUGAAUAUAGUAUUUUAAUUGCACAGUUUUAUACAGAUUGGGAAUUCAAUGAUACUGCUAUGAAAAUACCAAUUGAUGCGUUAAAAGUUAAAGGAUUUCAUGUGACACAUGUGAAAACAGAAGAUAAAUGUAUAAAAGAAAUCGCCUCGAAUCGUUAUCAAAUCGUAUGGAUUAUUAGUACAAAUAACAUUCAAAAUUCAUCAUUUAUCUCAGCUCUAACAACAUAUCAUUCAUCUGGUGGAGCUAUUUUCUUAUUUGCUGAUAAUACACCAUAUGUAUGUCAUGUAUCUGAAUUUCUUAAAACAAAAUUUGGUAUAACUCUCGAAGGUGAUUACUAUGGUGAUAAAACACUUGUAUACAAAGAAAAUGGUUAUCAACAAACAGGACAUUUUGGUCAACAUGAUAUUUUUACGGGAAUAGAAAAUUUAUAUGAGGGUAUUACUAUCUGUCAUCCUGUCUAUUCAACACCAGCAAGUCGCACGAAAUUUAUUACCAUAGCAACUGCAACUGAUGGAAAUAGCAGUAUUGCCGUGUAUGAUCCACUACUAACAUCAACAGAAGGACGUUUAUGUUUAGAUUGUGGCUUUACUAAACUGUUUAGAAAAUGGGAUUCAGCAGGCACAGAACGUUAUAUUAUUAAUGCUAGUUGUUGGCUACUUGGCAUGGAAAAACGUUUGAAACAGAAGAAUCAAAGUUAA